CGCUACUCAACCCCUAUCAGUCUUGCCAUAUACGGAGCUGCCUUACAGAGGGCGUCUAUAAAUUGCGUGGUUGAAUGACGCCUGUGCACUUUGCAGUCCGCCGAACGGUCCGAAACCAGCCCGUCCAGACCACACUCAGUCAGGAUGUCCAUCACUAAGAUUCACGCCCGUGAGAUCCUCGACUCCCGAGGAAACCCCACAGUUGAGGUUGACCUUUUCACCUCAAAAGGUCGCUUCAGAGCAGCUGUGCCCAGUGGAGCCUCCACAGGUAUCCAUGAGGCCCUUGAGCUGAGAGAUGGGGACAAGGCACGCUACCUGGGCAAAGGUACCCAGAAGGCCGUCGAUCAUGUGAACAAGGACAUCGCUGCCAAACUGAUUGAGCAGAAAUUCAGUGUGGUUGAGCAGGAGAAGAUUGACAAGUUCAUGCUGGAGUUGGACGGGACUGAGAACAAAUCCAAGUUUGGCGCUAAUGCUAUCCUGGGCGUGUCUCUGGCCGUGUGCAAGGCCGGAGCUGCAGAGAAGGGCGUGCCUCUGUACCGUCACAUCGCUGACCUCGCUGGAAACAAGGACGUCAUCCUGCCCGUGCCUGCUUUCAACGUGAUCAACGGUGGCUCCCAUGCCGGCAACAAGCUGGCCAUGCAGGAGUUCAUGAUCCUGCCCAUAGGCGCCGCCAACUUCCACGAGGCCAUGCGCAUCGGCGCGGAGGUCUACCACAACCUCAAGAACGUCAUCAAGGCCAAAUACGGCAAGGAUGCCACCAACGUGGGAGACGAGGGUGGCUUCGCCCCCAACAUCCUGGAGAACCUUGAGGCCCUUGAGCUCCUGAAGACUGCCAUUGAGAAGGCCGGCUACCCAGAUAAGAUCAUCAUCGGCAUGGACGUGGCUGCCUCAGAGUUCUACCGCAACGGCAAGUACGACCUGGACUUCAAGAGCCCCGACGACCCCGCCAGACACAUCUCCGGAGAAAAGCUGGGAGACCUGUACAAGAGCUUCAUCAAGGGCUACCCCGUCGUGUCCAUUGAGGAUCCAUUCGACCAGGAUGACUGGGAGAACUGGAGCAAGUUCACCGCCGAAACUGAUAUCCAGGUCGUUGGUGACGACCUGACGGUCACCAACCCCAAGCGCAUCCAGCAGGCCGUGGAGAAGAAGGCCUGCAACUGCCUGCUGCUCAAAGUCAACCAGAUCGGCUCCGUCACAGAGUCCAUCAAGGCAUGUAAGCUGGCUCAGUCUAAUGGUUGGGGAGUUAUGGUCAGCCAUCGCUCUGGAGAGACUGAAGACACCUUCAUCGCUGAUCUGGUAGUCGGUCUCUGCACUGGACAGAUCAAGACUGGCGCCCCCUGCAGGUCUGAGCGCUUGGCCAAAUACAACCAGCUGAUGAGGAUUGAGGAGGAACUGGGAGACAAAGCCAAGUUCGCCGGCAAGGACUUCCGUCACCCCAAGAUGUAAACUCUUACCACAUCAACGCUGGAACACACAAACUCACACACAUCAAGAUUGAUAUGCCUCCUCCGCGUAUGGGGGAGAAAGACGACCAAUGCAGUGUCAUAUUAUUAUCAGAAUUCCACUUUUUGAAAUAAAAAGAAAAAAAAAUUUCAAACAA